AUGAGGCACUUGCUGGCCAGGGAUUUGAUUCGCCAACAGCUUUGGGAGUUUCUGUUGGAGGAACUUCCAGUGUUCACCGCGACCAGCUCGGUUUGUUUGUCCAAAGAUGGACGUCAGGCAAUACGAGUGGAGAAGCCGGACUGCCCCUUGCAUUGGAUGCAUCGCAUGAUGGCUCCAGAGGCUCCCCUCGUGGCGCUACGCAUGCGCCCGGUUCAGCACUACGGCGUCACAGAGAAUUGGGCCGAGUUGGUCGUGGAGACGGUCUGUGGUGACCGCUGCACCAGCAUCCUGUUGGGCGUUUGCCCGGCCUGCCCGGACUUGUCCUCCGGGCCGCCGGCGGGGCGAGGCUACUUCGUGUCACUGGCGGAGAUUCCAGCCGCUUGGCCGAGGUUUUGGGCACUGAUGGCAUGGCCGAGCAGUGGGAACUAA